UUCAGCCGUCCCGGACUAGGACACAUCCUGCUCCUCUGCAGCCUCCUCUUUACCCUCCCCUGCAUCCUUCUCUGCAGCCUCCUCUUCAUUCUCUGCAUCCUCAUAUUUACCCUCCCCUGUAUCCUUCUCUGCAUCCUUCUCUUCAUCCUCUUUACCCUCCCCUGUAUCCUUCUCUGCAUCCUUCUCUUCAUCCUCUUUACCCUCCCCUGCAUCCUUCUCUGCAUCCUUCUCUUCAUCCUCUGCAGCCUCCUCUUUACCCUCCCCUGCAUCCUCCCCUGCAUCCUCCCCUCCAUCCCCUCAACCACCCUUCUGGUCCGGCUCCUGCAGACGGACAGAGGACAGGUGUAUCUCGUGCUGCUGCAGUGAUGUCGGUGUCGCCUGGCCUCGCCGACCUCUCCCGUCUCUACCAGACGGAGUUCGUGCGGAGCGCCCGUGCCGUCGGUGUCCUCUGGGCUGUGUGCACGCUCUGCUUCGCCAUCAUCCAGGUGGUCAUCCUGGUGCAGCCGUCCUGGGUCGGCACCACGUACACCAGGACGCAGCAGGCAGGGCCGUCGCUGCCCAGCGGCACCAUGGGACUUUUUGAGGUGUGUUUGGAGUCGGACUGGCCUGUCCCCGACUGUCGUGGCGGUCUGUCCAGUCUGUCCCCGCUGCCGUGUUUCCAGUCAGUGGCGGUGUUGGUCUGCGUUUCUCUGUGGGCGGUGUGGACCAGCGUCUUCUGUUUGUGUCUCUUCCGGUUCUGUAGCGCCGCAACGGUCUACAAGAUCUGUGCCUGGUUGCAGCUGACCGCAGGUUUCUGUCUCGCCCUGGCGUGUCUUCUGUUCCCGGACUCGUGGGAGAGUCCAGAGAUGAGAGCUCUGUGCGGAGACUCGGUGAGCAGCUUCUCUCCAGGAAACUGCUCUGUCCACUGGGCCUACAUCCUGGCCAUCCUUGGAGUUCUGGACUAUGCCAUCUUGGCCACUCUGGCGUUCGUUCUGGCCAACAGACAGGACGCGCUGUUGCCGCCAGACACCCAGGACGUGACCGCAGGUCUGCUGAUGACCGCCUGAGUCUCUAGGUGAAAUGUCUCCAGGUGAGACGUAUCCAGGUGAGACGUCUCCAGGGACGUGGUCUGCAGUUCUUCGGUCUCCUGGUCUCUCCAUCAUCAUCAUCACUGAGAAACAUUUAAAGACUAAGAAACGCCAUCAUAUUUCAGCUUUUCCAGUAAUGGUAGUAAGCUUUCAUGGUCAGUGUCUGCAUCAGCUGAAACCACAACACGAGUCUGUGUCCAGGAUUCGGUCUCCUUCUGGUUAGAGUCCUUAUUUUCAGUCUGUCUUUGUCUCCAUGAAAGAAAAAUGAAGGCUGCGAAGAUGGAGAGGAUGAAGGUGACUGAGGUUCACACCCGUGGGCAGUCCUGUUUUACAUCAUGACCCCAGCUGGACUUGGACUACAGUUUUUAGUUGUUACUCUUUGUAGAACAUCUGUACUCAGAUCCCUGCCGCUUUAAAACGCAGACAUCACGGCAAUGGAGAGAAUCGUCACGUUUUCACCCAGAAGCUCCUCGAAACGUGGAACGUAGCAGGUUCUGGGGGACUGCGGGGAAGGGCUUCCCGGCCAGGGCUGAUGGGUAAUGAAUUUGUCUGGGGUAGAGAGGUCCAGUUAACGCUAGUACUUGUGUUUGGUAUCAGGUAGCAGGUCAGCUUGUUUUUAGCCUUCUGAGUUCCCUUUUCAGACCCUGACGUAUCAGUGACUGUGUUACCAUGGUAACGCCGCAGAGCAGCAUGGGUAGCGGCUGUAGGAGGAAUUACAGCACACGCUCAUGCUGACGAUGUCCACAUCCACGUCCACGUGUCCUCAUGGGUAUAAUCUAAUAAAGUUGUCAUCAUAACAA